AUGCCCCCUUGGGGAAGACCACCACCAGGGGGACGAGCGAGGAGGAAGAACGACAGGCUGUGGGGACUGCAGCACCGACAAUGGGAUUACGAUGCCCGUGUCGAAGAGCUCGAUACCGACGACGAUUACUCGCAGGGUGUCGGGCUGAGUCAAGAGAGAUUUCAUUCCGAUGAACUUCGUUUCACUGGUAUAGAUUUGGGCGGGGACGAUGUCCGCCGCAGGCGUUCAGGUAUUGCACACGAAGAUGAUUUUACUCCUUCUGAUGAUGAAGAAGAAUACGACUACCCAACAGGAAUUGCCCGGCGACAAGAUAUGCAGAUGGUCUACAGAGACAAAGAGGACAUGUUGGUGCAGGGCGCUCUUGACAGGAUCGCGCGUGCUCGGGCGCUGGGUAAGCCCAAUGUCAAAUUGACCCGAGCAGAAAUUGAUGCCUUGGAACGUUUAGAGCGGACCCAGACCCCUCCACGUCCCUCUGCAGUACCCAAAGCAGCCCCUAAGAGCAAGAAAGAAGCACAAGUCAGACGUCGGCCUGUGGAAGUCCGCAAAAAACCCAGCCGAGGUGAUAAAUCAGCGAGCAAUUCUCCCAAAGGCAAAACAGCGGACGGACGAAAUCGCGGUAGGAGUGUUGCGUCAAACAGUUCGUCACGUGGCGGGCGAGAAGAUUCAGCUUCUUACGCUCUAGCAGAGUCGGACUAUGGCCGACGACUCUCGUAUUCGCAGGGGUUAUCUGUCGUUGGACCACGGCAACCGGAGGCUCAGCGUCAAGGCUCUCGGACUAAUUCCAAUCAAUCACUGAGGCAACAACAGUAUUUGCAGCAGAUCGCGCCCUAUUACUCUGGUCGCUAUGCUUCGAAUCCCGAAGCCGUGUACGCCUCGGGGUCGCGUGCCCCUCGACCUGAUCCAUCCGAGCCAGACUGGGAGCCAAGACCACGGUCAGCCUCUAAUAUUGUCAAUCUUCCACUGGACCAGUUGCCAUAUCCGACCAAUCCCGGCAUGAUACCACGUUUCGAUCCUAACGACCCCAGAUUUGCUUCGCCUCAGAGACGGGUAGCCUCAGGUCCACCCAGUACGAUGCAAAACCAUGCCGCCAGGUACCGUCGACCGCAAGACGAACUCUUCCUUCCCCCGGAGGAAGAACCUGAGGUAAUGAGGUAUCUGGCUCCGGCGUCCGACUCCGAAUCCGAGGAUGACGACGAAGAUAGUGAUUAUGGCGAAGGCGUUCGAGUCAACGUCAAUGAAACGCCGGGUGGGGGUUACGCGAUCCAGACGAGAAGCGCAGCUGCAGCUGCAGCAACUCCUCGAAAACCUGGGACUAGUGGGAAGGGCGUUGCAGGGAGAACCAAAAAGGGGCGAUAA